AUGAAGGAGCAGCGCCGCAUGAUCCUGAUGGAGCAGCUCAAGAGCAUCAAGAGGGAGCUGGGGCUGGAGCGGGACGACAAGGCCGCGCUCAUCGGCAGGUUCCAGUCGCGCUGGGAGCCCCGCAAGCCCUUCGCGCCAGAGGACGUAUCACGGGUGGUCCAGGAGGAGCUGGACAAGCUGGCUGGGCUGGAGCCCGUGAGCCCAGAGUUCAACGUCACCCGUAACUACCUGGACUGGUGA